CGAGUCAGGCUGACCCUUCAGCGAGAGGCUGCCGAGUCUUGUUUAUAUGUCCCUGAUUUAUUCUCUUCACUUCUGCUUCUCAAAUGCUUUCAGAAAAUAAAGGCAUUUGGAAUUUCUUGUUCCCUAACAUUUUCCAUAACCAUCACUUAGAAAAAAACCUCACAAAACAAACCAACAAGCACCCUACAUAUCACCAAACCACACUUCCUCCCCCUCCAAAAAAAAAAACCAUCCCCCACAAUGGAAUACCUCGAACGCACCAUCUCCUACCUAACAAAAUCCAUCCGCGCCCACGACUCCAAACUCCUCCCUUCCACCCCCGCCUUCACAUCCCACCCGACCCCAACCCUCACCGUAACCUCCCCCUCCUGCGGGCCCUCCGAUUCCCGCCUCGACAACGACUACAUCGCCGGUGAAGGCAAGAACCUGAUUCCCUCGCUAUCCUGGACACUGCCUCCUUCCAUCUCCGCUGCGUCGGUGAAAGAGUAUUUGAUCUUAAUCGAAGACGCGGAUGCCCCGCUCGGAUUCCCGAUUAUGCACGCGGCGUUCUAUCACAUCCCGCCAGAGAAAACGAGUUUGGGGCCCGAGGAUAUAGAGAAAGGGGAAGAAGGGGGAAGGUUGAGGGGCGGGUUUAAAUAUGCGAAGAAUAUGAGGGGCAAUGUGUAUAUGCCGCCGCGGCCGUUGAGGGGGCAUGGACCGCAUAGGUAUUUUUAUGAGGUGGUGGCGUUGAGUGAGAGUGUGGGCGUGGAGGGGAAGGGAUUGAGUGCUGUUGCGAAGAAGGAUGAGCUUUUGAGGGGGGUGGAGGGGAAGGUUUUGGGGUGGGGACAGUGGGUUGGGGUUGCGGAGAGGAGUUGA